AUAGUUAUAUAGUUAUCUGUGCUUUAGAUUCUAAAGUUUUUUUCACUUCUAAAGUUUAGAAGUGAGUCGUUGUUCAAAAACACCAUGCCAAGGGGAAGAUUAAUAUCCCAUGCCCAAGUGGAGACCCUACUUAGCCUAUUAGAGGCCAACACUGAAAUUGCGCGUGGGCGCAUGGUGGGGGGUGCCCUGGCCAGUCAACGGGUGGACGAAUUCUGGCGCAACACGGCCCGUACUUUGAAUAGUAUAGGGGAUGGGACAUCCAAAGAAGCCGCAGCCUGGAAAACGUAUUGGCACGAGUUAAAAUACCGGGCUCGGAAGCGGGACACCGAGGUUCGACAACACGCCCGAGGGACUGGAGGAGGACCAGCCAAGAAACCUCUCACAGUAACUGAGAGCAGAAUACUCCAGUUACUAGGAGAGGUUUCUUAUGCUGGGAAUCCCGAGGUCCAAAUACCUUUAAAUAUCCCGUCUUGUUCUGGACCUGUCCCAUCUACCGUUGGAACUCGUCCAAAUGUCCCGUCUCUUUCCAGAGCACCUGCACCUGUCCCAUCGUGUUACCGUUGUCUGGGUCGGAAGAUUCGGUGCCGGUUGGACCGAGGCGGGGUCGAACCUCCCAAAUCAGAAACACUCGACCUUACCGCAGGCGACGGUACGAUGACCCCCCAGAGUGGGCUCGUCGAUACGAAGAGCAGCGCCUUCGUAUCGACAGAAGUCGAGCCCACUCCCUUGAGCGCCUGGUAGAGAUCGCGGAACAAGUUCUGGCGCUCUACCGAAGGAGUGUGGAGGGGAAUGGGCCAUAGCAAUAUUUCUAUAAUUAUUAUUACGGACUGACUUUUUCAUAGUUAUUUUAAUAUUAAUAUAUCUUAUUGAUUGUUCCAAAAAAACUAAGUCUAAAUUAGUAGGCUAAGAAUGCUGUGAUCAUAUAUUUUAUAGUAGUAGGCUAAGAAUGCUGUGAUUAUAUAUUUUAAAUCU